AUGGCAGAAAAGACGGCAUUAGUGAUCCUCGCUGAUGGAGCCGAAGAAAUGGAAGCCACAAUUGCCAUUGACGUGCUGCGUCGGGGUGGAAUUAAGGUGACGGUUGCGGGUCUUCAAUCGGCAGACGUUGUGAAAUGCGCUCGUGAGACUCGAAUUCUCCCAGAUCACUCGCUUUCCGAUGUCAAGGAGAAAACAUUUGACGCCAUCGUUUUGCCCGGAGGGCAACCUGGAAGCAACUCUCUAGCAGCAAGUGCAGAAGUCGGAAAACUGUUGCAAAGCCAGGAUCAAGCCAAAAGGAUUGUCGCUGCGAUUUGUGCUGCACCAUUGGCAUUGAAGAGUCACAAGAUCGGACAGGGAGCCACAAUUACUAGCUAUCCGGGUGUUCGCGGCAGUGUCGAGUCGGAUCUACACAAGUACUCGGAGGAUUCUGUCGUUGUUUCUGGAAACAUCGUCACAUCGCGCGGACCGGGAACAGCUUUUCUCUUUGGACUCAAACUCGUCGAGGUGCUGGUCAAUGCGGAGAAGGCUAAAGAGGUCGCUAAGGCUAUGCUUGUCGACUAC